AUGGCAGAUUGCAAUCCUUGUACAACACCUAUGGCUACUAGAGCUAAACUAAGGAAAGAAAAUGAUGAUUUGUUUGAUCAGCCAAUUUUAUAUAGGAGUAUCAUUGGAGGUUUGGAGUAUCUCACUCUGUCCAAACCAGAUUUAAGUUUUGCUGUGAAACAGUUAAGUCAAUUUCUUCAAGUUCCUACUGUAGCUCAUUGGACUGCAUGUAAAAGGGUUCUAAGAUAUGUUAACGGGACUCUUAAACAUGGGAUCUUGUUUACAAAAGAACAUUUUUCUAUUGAAGCCUAUGCUGAUUCAGAUUGGGCAGGUGAUGUGAAUGAUAGGAAGUCAACCAGUGGGUAUUAUGUUUGUCUUGGAAGAAAUCUAGUUCAAUGGAGUUCAAAGAAGCAGAAGGUGGUUUCUCUAUCAUCUAUAGAAGUAGAAUACAAAUCCUUGAGUCAAGCUGCCACUGAACUUGUGUGGAUUCAACAUCUAUUUGAAGAACUUGGGAUUGAGAUGAAUAACACCCCUAUGAUUUGGUGUGAUAACAUGAGUGUUGGAGCCUUAUCAUCCAAUCCUAUAUUCCAUGCUAGAACUAAGCAUAUAGAAAUUGAUGUCCAUUAUGUUAGAGAAUUGGUUACCAGGAAGACUUUAAGUGUUUCAAUAUGUGGCUUUUGA